AUGGCGACGGCGGUCGGAGGCAUCGCUACCAUCCAUCCUGGCAAGGGCCUCGGCAUCCUCAGCCUCGGGUCCUCGCUCUUCGAUGUCUUGUCCAAACUCCGCUCCAAUCCUCUCGUUUAUCCAUCUAUGAACAUCACAUAUGAUGCCUCCAAUCCUCUAGCUUCGACAAUCGCCGUAUCAUUAGACACAAAUGGAAUAAGGCUGAGAUUUGAUGGCUCAGACCAAAGACUGCGACUCAUAGAGAUCUUAGACUUUCAUAAGUCAAGACUGUCUUACAAUGGUGGUGAGCUCGUUCGCGCCGAUGGGAACCCUCCGAGCUUCCGGUCCAUCUACCACAAGCUCUUCGGACCUACGUUUCCCGGUGAAUAUCUCCCGGACCAGGAAACAUAUGUCCUAUCGUACCCCGGUGUCGCCUUCUCAUUUCCAAUUGAACGGUACAAAUGGGACGAUAAGGUCGACUUUGUAUCCCUCCUAUCCUCCUCGAACGCUUCACCCGCAGUCAGUAUGGCUAUCUAUGCCGGUUCCUCCUGGGCCGAAGCACGUAACGAGUUGUUCACCCGCCAGGUAACCACUCCCAGGUCGCCGCUGGUGAAUGCCAAUUCUGCCAGGUUAUCCACCGCCAACGAUGAAAUUGAGUUGGUCAGGAUCCAUUCCGAGUCGAGGAUUGAGCUUGUACGAAGACAUAAUAACCCCUUCUUCAUCACGUUGAACUCGACCACCGCCCAGGAUUUGCUCGCCGAGCUAGGGCCGCCGAGUUCCAUCUACAGGAAGAAUGACCACAGACUAUCAAUUCACAGGACCUCUUCAGGUGUAGGGCAAAGGACGGAGCAUCAUUACACCUCGGACUAUACCGAUGAUACGUCGGAAGACCAGCAGACAGAUGGUGACGAGGAGGAGGACGACGAUGGGACGGAUGCUCGGGGUGUAUCUGCUUCCUCGGAUUACUUUUAUAACUACUUUAAUCACGGUUUCGAUGUUUUCAUCUCCACGUCCUCCUCUUCCUCUCCCGCUACAGGCCAUCUUGCCACAAAAUUAAUCUUGCAUGGGAACAUCCCCGGCAGCUAUGACUUCCAAAGAUACAGACGCGCUAGGUGGACAUUAGAAUACCUGGAUACGCCGUCUUAUAAAGACCCGCUGACCAGUGAAAUGUUGUUCGAUGAUAUCGCGGGGAGGUUGAGGGAGAAAUGGGGUGUCGCACCAAAACCUAUGCUACUUGACCGAGCAAGCGAUAGUCCUAGUAGUAGUAUCGAGUUGCUUGGUGGCUUCGAAGAUGGAGAUUCACAACUUAGGAGUAACGGGGACACUUUCAGCAAUACAGAGCUCUACGGUUUCCCGAAUUUGAUAUUCGAAGUUUUAAAGAACCGGGCCGUAUGUACUUUGACGGUCUUUUGA